AAAAGGCCCCUCGUGGACGCCGAAGAUCUUGUGUCAGAUUUCUCCACGUGGGCCAUGCGCAUGGGACCUUCUUGGUGAACGGUCAGGACUAUUCCAUAGUCGGGAAGAAGGGACAAGCAGCUUAGCUAGCCUGUGGAAAAAGAGCCUAUUGCUUAUUUAAAAACGAUGGAGAGAGUUAGAGAGAGAGUGGAAAUGGACUCUUCUUUUGGGAUUUCGCAGUGUAGAAUCUGCCAUGAAGAAGGAAGAGAGAAUUCUAUAACCAUGGAAACUCCUUGUGCUUGUUCUGGAACUCUCAAGUUUGCUCAUAGAGAGUGUAUACAGAGAUGGUGUGAUGAGAAGGGAAAUACGACUUGUGAGAUCUGUCUCCAGAAAUUCGAACCUGGAUACACAGCAGUGCCGCCACCUAAAAAGGCUCGAUUGGCUGAUGUAGCAGUCACAAUCCGAGAAAGCUUGGAAGUUACGGGACGGAACCAUGAGCUAGCAAUUGUUGUGGCAGAGGCUGAAAUUCUUGAAGCAGAGUUCGCCGAAUGCUCAUCUGCAUCUGAAAGGAGCACUUCAUGUUGCCGAUCCAUUGCUUUAGCUUUCACAAUGCUUUUGCUUGUGAGACAUCUUGUUUCUGUGGUUAACGGUGUAACUGACCGUUACGCAUUCACACUUCUCACUGUGCUUGUUCUAAGGGCCGGCGGAAUACUUUUGCCUCUGUACAUAUUGAUACGAACGAUUGACAUUAUACGACGUUGUCUGCGGCAACAACAACAGCUUAAUGAGGAUGAUAAUUCACCCCAUGAAGAACCCGAGGAAGAUGAACAAGAGCAACUACAAAUACAAUAUACAGUUCCAAUUGCUUAAUGAUGUGUUUUCCUCUGCAUUCUUUUGUUUUAAGCCCAGCAUUUCUACAGGUACUCUGGAAAGCCUCUCUUUUCUGCCAAAAGAAUCAAACCAUUUUCAUGUAAAUCCACCCUUCUCUUUCACUCGCUCUGUAUGUGUAUUAUAUGUGGAUUAAGAAAAUGAUAGUAAGAAAAGUUGCUCAAA